AGGAAAAAUACCCUUUAUUUUUGCAAACUAUUACAUUCACUAAAAAGGCGUGUAAAUAGUUGAAAGAUUUUUUUUUAUGAAAUAGUAGUCCGGAAUUCAUCAGUUUAAGAGUGGCAGGUUUUACUAACAUGCUAAAGAGAAAGUUUGCAUUGAUAUGUUUCCAAGAAAGAAUUUAAAAUUAAAUACUGGGAUUAAUGAAAACACAAUGAAACUUAAAGAAAAGGAGAAUAUUUUAAUGCAUAAGAAGACAUUUGAUGUUUUCUAUUUGGGUAACAUUGAAAAGAUAGCAAUGGGUAAUUCACAGAAGAGAGAUACAGAGGCCCAGCUGAUAGAUCGAAUAGAGGAAGCUCAGAUUGCUGGAGACAUUCCCAUUACUGUUGGGGAGAAAGACCAAGUCUUCUUCACUGUUUCGCGACAUGGAAUACAAGUCCAAAAUAAAAGAACCAAGGAGAUACUGCAGCGACACCCUCUCCACACCAUAGCUGAGGUAGUGCAGUACGAGGAUGGGUUUGGGGGACCAAACAUUGCUCUGAAAAUAGGUCAACUGCAGGUCAACAAGGAAGUGUUUCAGUGCUAUGUCUUCCAGUGCAAUACAGAGGAACUUGCAAAUGAUGUUUGCCAGUUAGUGCGAAGACUAUUCGAUGCUAUAACUGAUAAAUCUUGAAUUGAACACAAUGGUGACAGUUCAAGCCACAAUACUCAAUGAAUUAUGACAUCGGCUCUCGUGCCAAAGAUUCCCAUGUCCAUAAUACUGAGGAUGAAGUGGCGGUAAACUCAAGCACAGCACCUGGAGUUAUAACUGCCAGCCAGGGAGGAUGCCCUAUGUCAAAAUGGGCAAGCAAGGAAUGAUUUGGACCAAUUCUUUGAGGAAAGGCACAGCUGACAUGUACCUGCACUUCCAUAAAACAUGUUCUUCGAUAUUAAUACAGAUCUUUGUUAAGUGAAAAUUAAGUUUACCCAUAUGUAGCAAAGACACUAUUAUUUAUCUCUUUUAAAUAACAGAAUUUUCUCUAAUUUUCUUAUUAGAACUGGAUAAUUUGGGGUUUUUUUUCAAUUAAAUUUAAAUACCCUGUUCACUCAGUUUUAAUGUCCAUGGUUUUUUAUAUAAUUAAAUGUAAACAUAAAAACACAUUUUCUGUUUUGUUUUUCUUUGAAUUUAUUUUAUAAAUACAUGUACGUAAAAGUGCACAUUGCAAUAAAUCAUUUGAAGCAGUUGUAUUUUAUUGCUGGCAUGUUAUAGUAUUCACUGGAGA